UGGGAAGAUGGCCGCAUGAGUGCCUUUGUCUGUUCGGUACUCUCGUUAAUCUCAAAAUAACUUCUGAUCUAAGAGACUAAGUUGGUUAAAACGUUGGUCAGUGCUUGACCAAAGUCUUUGCUCUGUAUAGAAGAAAAAGUGGUGAUUUUCGGCCUAUAUAAUGGCUGAUAAUACGCGUCAGCGUAAGCCGAAGGACGCCGACGGUGAUUUGGUGACUGAGCUGCGCGCACUAAGUGCAAAAUUUGACCGUAUGCAGACUUCGGUGGAGGAGCAAAUGAAUGCAAAGAUUGAUAGCCUGCGUGGAAGUUUGGAGAGGACCAUCUCAGAGAGCCAAGCCGCCCUGAAAAGUGAGUGGGAAAAAACUGCUACUGAGUUACGCCUGAACCUGGACAUGGAAGUGGGCAUCUUGGUCUCCAGAAUGGAGAAGAUAGAGCUGAAAAUGGCAGAAAAUGAAACGCGGGGGAAGUCCUUUGACCCAGACGUUUCAUUAAUUGUUGCUGGAUUACCGCAAGCGGAUGGGGAUGAAGACGUAGUGACCAAGGUGAAGGACCUGUUACGCGAGGGGCUGCGCUGUGAACCCGUGCCCGAGGUGGUGGCUGCGGAGCGCGUGAGGGCGAGAGGACAACACCCGGGGCUUGUCAAAGUGGAGCUGAAGUCGGUA